AGAGCCGUGGGAGAGGAUGGCCAGGUGACGUAUUGCUACUUCAAUCGCCUGGCCAGAAAACCUCAAAAUCCCAGGAAUCCCAUUUUGGCUGUUUCUGCAGAGCCCCCAGUGGGGAAGGUGACCCGCAAGGUGGUGGAUGAAUGCCUGGAGAUCCUUACCUGCCAGGCCUUUGGCUUCUACCCCAAGGAGAUCCAGGCCACCUGGAAGAGGGACGGAGAGAUCUGGGAACACGAGACCUUCCAUAGGAACGUGGCCCCCAACUCAGACGGGACCUAUUAUGUCCAGCUCAGCAUUGACAUCAACCCCAAGGAGAGGGACCGUUUUCGGUGUCACCUGGAGCACGAGGGUUUGCAGGAGCCCCUGGACUUGGCUUUCAAGGAGGAAACAGGUGAGAGGCUGAUGGGGUUGUGA